CAACAGCUAAUUGAGCUGAUAACCAUAAGGGGAUUCUGAAAAGGAACAAGGCGCGGUCGGGAACAAGGGUGUAAGGGACAGAGACGGUCGGAGGAAAAAUCUACCUGGAGUGGGGAUACGAGAUGUUAGAUGCUGCCUGUUGAUUCACAGUGCUCGUCAGUAACAAUCGCGUCGCGUAUAGAAACGCAUUUCGGACGCGUGGACUACGUUAGUAGUUUUAAAUGGAAGUCAUUUAAAUAACAAUAUUUUUUACUAAAUUUCUAUUCACCUAGUAAUACCAAGCCAAUUUUUCGUGUGCGUUAACAUCCCAACGUUGGAAAGUAAACAGGACAAAUUUCUGCGCAUUAAGAAACUCCAAAGCGCGGAUUGCUGGCCGGAAAACCGCGAGAGUGAGAGAAGUGAUCGACGAAGAGGCCGGUCGCUGCAGUUCAGGGUGCACAUGUUGAAGAGACGGCGACCAGUUUGUGCGGAGAUACGCGCGACGCUAUGAGACCGAACAAGUCGCUCAGUUUUGGCAUCCUCGGGCUCUUCCUGAUAGCCCUUGGCAAUGCCAUCUGCUUUCUAUGGCCAACGAUUUUCCAUCAUAUUCUUCAAAAAGAAUUAGCUCUUUCACCGACUUCAAGAAGUUUUCCUAUAUGGAAGGACACCAAUAGCUUGCCACCGAUGUUCUUAAAAGUACAUUUUUUCAAUUGGACCAAUCCGGAGGAAUUGAAUGUACGUGGAAAAAAGCCGCAUUUUGAUCAGCUUGGCCCUUAUUGCUUUAGAGAAGUGAGGCAAAAAGAAAAUAUUAAGUUUCACCACGAAAACAAAACUGUCAGCUAUUUUCAACGAAAAUUAUGGUACUUUGAUGCGGAAUGCAGCAAUGGAAGUCUCAAGGACGUUGCCUGCCAGUUGGACGUCGUCGCUACGUCGGCAGCGCAUAAAGUUCGAUAUUGGGACAUCACAUUGCAAAAAUCUCUGUCCUACCUCUUAAGUGGCAGAAAACUGUACACGUGUAGAACAGUGGACGAACUGCUAUUUACAGGUUACCCAGAUAUUCUCCUUACCAUGGGGAAGACUAUAGUAAGCAAUGAGGAUAUUCCGGCUUACGACCGUUUCGGGUGGUUCUACUUGAGAAAUGAUACGACUGGCCUAGAUGGACACUACAACGUAGCAACGGGCGAGGAAGACAUCAGCCAAUUGGGAAUUAUAAGAAAAUGGAAUCAUAAAGACACAACAAAGUUUUACAAAAGUCCUUGCAACAUUGUCGAAGGCAGCGCGGGUGAAUUUUGGUCACCCGGUAGGACGAAAGAUGACAUUGCUUUGUUCAGUUCAGACUUAUGCCGUCCGUUAAUAUACGAAUAUGAAGAAACAGUAUCUUAUUUGGGUAUGGAGGGUUAUCGAUACACUCUUGACAAGAAGACUCUCGAAAAUGACACGAGACGACGUUAUCCUCACGAGCAGGCGAAAUAUUUUGAACCUACUACAACCACCGAGGACUUUUUCGCGACAGAUUCGGCCGAGAUGAUGGGAAUUACAACUCCCGGAAGUGUCUCUAGUAGCGAUAAUAUAUCUGAGAACACAGACGAGUAUCGCGACGAUGAUCCGGAUAUUAUUAACAUGGGUCAUUGCUACUGCAAUGGGGAGUGUAUGCCGUCGGGUUUAAUGAACGUGACUGAGUGCCGCUAUGGCGCGCCGGUCUUCGUAAGUUUGCCUCACUUUUACAAGAGUGAUCCCAGCCUUCUCAACCAAAUCGAAGGACUGAGCCCUAAUGACAAAGACCACAGUUUCUCCAUUACUCUAGAGCCCAACACGGGAGUUCCUUUAGAAGUAACAGCCAGAUUACAAAUUAAUAUUCUUCUACAUCCAUCAGAGACUAUUUCGCUCUUCUACAAUGUGCCAAAAAUCUACUUGCCUAUGUUUUGGUUCAGCUUCAAAGGACAAGUACAUGAAGAAAUGGCAUCUGAUUUGAGGAAAUUAUUAAUACUUCCAACUGUGAUGCUUUGUACCGGCAUAGCUAUAGCUGUCAUUGGAUUAUGUUUAAUUGGCAUUGUAGCUCUACUGUUCCUCAAAAAGAAACGACGUGUACCUGUAACGGAACCUCCGGCGGAAAAGGAAGUCGAAGAAUCUUCCGAGAAGAAAACAGAAAUGGUAUAUUUAGAUAAAGUAAGCAGUGAGGACUCUAACGCCAGAAGCGAUCGCCGUUUGUAUGCAAAACUUUAUUAAACGUUUUUCCGAAGAACUUCGUUUUCUAACAAACGGUGUAGGAAAUAAAAAUGUGCAAUUGUGGACCGAAUUUAACACGUACACGCGAUUUAAAAGCGUAAUCUAAGUGAAUUUUCAUGUGUCUCAGUUCGAAACUGAAUUAAAGCGACUGGACACUGUCCUAAAAUAUAAAUCUUUAGCAAAAUGUAAACAACAUGUUAAUAGAACGUAUACAUAUGCAUAUAAUCAUAAGCAUUUCAAAUUUUCUUGAACGCGUAAUGUAAAUGCGUAAACAAUUUAUAUAAGUUAUAAACUGCAAAAACCACGACUAUAUAUGUUUCUGUGCCAUAUCAUUAUGUUUACUCUAUUGAAGUAGUUGGAGUGCAUAAAUCAAACUGACUUGCGUCACUAUUUAUACAUUUAUAUAAUACGUCACUAAUAUUACGUAAGAAAAUAAUACUUGAGCUCGAUAAAAAUAGUAAUUUCAUAUGCAUAAACAUAUUAUACAAAUGUUAUGCAAUCUUUUUAUCACUAAGCAAUGGUUUUCUAAUUUUUAAAAUUGCAUUAAGAUAUAACUUUUGCUACAUAAGUAAAAGUAUCGCAACAAAUAUGCGAGUAAAUGUACAGUAUAAUUAUUUAAGCAAUGAUUAUAUGCAUAGUAUAGUUUUUAUAACAAAAAUAUAGUAAAAAAUUUCUACUUUGAAUUCUCGAGAUUUUCCUCGUGUCACGGACGAUGGAUUCUAGAUUCAUUGUGAUUAUUACAUUCCUGCAUAACGUACGAUGUAAAUCAAAUGAUAUUAUUGUGUUAAUGAAGUCAACUUGGUAUACUAAGACUAACGAUGAUUAUAGCAAAUCUUUAAUCAUUUCCUUUUCUUUAUAUAACAAUUUUUAAACGCAUACUUAGUUGAAAUACAUUGAGAUUCGUUAUUCAAAGAGAAGUAAAUUGAAUUCCAUUUACAACUUAAUUAUUCUAAUUAUCUAUUUUACCAUGACAUCAGAAAUAUAAUUACCUUAUUUACAUAUUGCAUUAAACAAGUUAACUCACACGAAUAAUAGCAAAAAAAUCAUUAACACGGUAAUUGAAUACAAUUGAUUAAAAGAACAAGUACAAAAAUUUUCUAGAAUAACAAGCAAACAACAUUGCAACGAAACCGAAUUUAUUUUUUGUUUGAAUUCUGGUGAAAUGUAGAUGUUACAUCUGUUGAAUUGUUUAGACUUGAUUGAGGAGCAUAAGAUUUGUACACAACGAACCUUAUCAAUAUUUAAGUAUGUAGAUCUUAAAUAUAUUAAGAUAUAGGAAAUAUAUAUAUGUAAUGUGCUAUUCUUGUAUGGCAAAGUGUGCCUUGAUAUUAUAAACUGUUAUCGUGCAGGUUUGAUGUGCUACUCGAAUUAUGUGCUAUGGAACGUGGCAUAAUUCCUCUCAAAUAAUGUUUAAAAUUAAUGUAAAAUUAUACUUUGAAAUUAUCUAGAAUUAAUAGGAGUAUACAAAAGUUUCCAUUGCUCAUGUAUUGAUAGAUCACUGCGAAAACAAAGCGCGGUUGCUUGAAAGAUAGCAAAAAGCGGUAGUUAAUAUCUUAAAAGCCGGAAAAUACCUUAAAUCAAAAUAUUGUAUUAUUUAUAAAAUAUUACUAAAGAAAAUUGCCUUGAAAACUUUUGUAUACCUCUAAUAGUAAAAUCCGCCGAUCUUCCUUAGGUAUUCCUUUGUUAUGUUAUUAUUUAGUGCAGCACGAACCGCUGCUCAGAAUUAAGUUAUUGUGCCAACUUUUUGUUACGAUGCCUCAAGUUGUAUGACAGAAUUUGUGAUAUACUCGGAGUUAAUUUACUUGUAUUGUAUAAAAAACAACCAUUUACAAUUGCCAAUGACAUUUAGGCUAAGCAUUAAGUAUUCAAUACGAAAUCAUAUCGAAUACUCCAAGCAAAUCCAGAUGUUACCAAUCCUAGCGUGACUAUAUUGUAUAAGUUCAAUCGAUAAUAUGUAAAAAUUUAUUAUAUGUAUAUUUUAUACCCAAAUAUGAAUACGUUGAUAGUGGUGAGCGAGCAAAAUCGUACGAUUUUGUAUUGUAUUUGAAUAAAAAAAUCCAUUGUUUUUAUAAUACUA